GCAAAUACUUUUGUCUUAAAAAUAUUAGGUUAGAAUUUUUUAUUCUAACAUUAUACAUAUAAAUAAUAAACUUAAGUUUUAAUUAUGUUACAUAAACACUUUUAAUUUAUGUAUCUAUACAAAAUAUGAUAGUAAAUAUCAUCAUUGAAAAAUUUUCAAAAAUGUUUAUAUUUUAUAUUUUCAAAUGUUGCAAUGUGUAGGAUUGAAACUUCAAAACUUCAUUACGUUGCUACGGUUAAAACAACAAUUUUUAGUGAGACAUCAUAUUAUCUUUUAUACUAUAUUGCGUCGUAAAACAUAUUAUAGUAAUUUUUCUGUAAUUAUGGCAUCGAAGUGUUUUAAGGGGAAUAAUGAUCACUAUAAUGGAAUAACUAUUGACUCAAAUGAAGAAUCUUGCACGUCUCAAGUAUUUGCUCGUCGUCUUACAGCAUCUUUACAAGAGUGGAUACAAAAUAAAAAACGCACAAUAUGGUUUCGCGUAUAUUUAUCACAUUCAGAAUGGAUACCAAUACUUGUGAAAGAAGGAUUUAAAUUUCAUCAUGCAAAACAAGAUUAUGUCAUGCUUUACCGAUGGUUAGUUAAUGAAGAAUGUAAUAUUCCACAUUACGCACAUACAAAUUUAGGAGUUGGUGGGUUUGUUUAUAAUGAAGAAACUCAAGAAGUUUUAGUUCUUAAAGAAAAAUAUGUAAACAAAAAAGCUAUGUGGAAAUUACCAGGUGGUCAUGUCAAUCCAGGAGAAAAUUUAGAAGAAGCUGUGAAAAGAGAAAUUCUAGAAGAAACUGGUAUACAAACUAUUUUCAAGUGUAUAAUAAGCUUUAGACAUAUUCAUGAUUAUUCAUUUAAUUGUUCUGAUAUAUAUAUGGUUGCUUACUUAACUCCUCUUAAUUUCAAUAUUAAAAAAUGUGAAAAAGAAAUUUCUGAAUGCAGAUGGAUGAAGGUGAAUGAUUUUUUAAAACAUUCAGAUGUACNUGAAAAUAAUAGAUUGAUUGCAAAAAAAAUGUUAGAAUUUUUUAAACAUAAAAUAGGAAUUGUUGCUGAAUACAAUAGACACCCUAUAACAAACAAACCUAUUUGUAUAUAUAGUAUAUCUAAGAUUAAUAAUAUAUAGCAGUAUGUAAAAUAA